GCAGCGGCGCGCGAGGCGGAGCGGGCGCUCGCCUGCGCUCGCCAUCUCUCGGGUUGCCUGGCGGACCUUCCUCGGCUCUACGGGGAGGUCGGGACGCCCGCGGGGCGCGUGCAGCAGCUGCAGGAGGAGCAAGUCCGUCUCAGCGCGGACGCGGGUUCGUUCAACGUGCACACCAUCGGUUUACCGCUCACGGGCGUGCUGAUGCCAGACGGUGACGUCUACGAGGAGGAGCUCGCCAGCGGAGCCGACGGCGAUGGUCCUGACAUGGCGUCGCUGACGUUCAACGACACACCAGCUCGCCAGCGGCCCGCGGGACGGGUGUACCGCUUCCGUGCCUUCCCAACGGAGGCGGAGCUGCUGCGGCUGGAGCGCACUGCCAGGCGCGCCGCCAGGGAUGCAGAUCCUGCCGUCUCGGAGCCACUGUACUAUAUGCAGGACGCCGAGGUGCUGGGCUGCGGAACGACGGCCAGCUUUGGGGACGUUCUUGGCUUCUACCACCGCAUGGCACCGCCGGCGGGCAUGAGCUGGAUUGCGGCGCAGUCGGUGACGGGCGAGGCCCAGAAGUGUGACGAGAUCACACCUUGCGUCGGAGAUGUGCCGUGGGGCGAGAGUGCCCUUCAUGGCCUCUCGUCGGGCGUCAUCGUGCCCAUGGAGUUGGUGCCGACCUCCUCUAUCGCGCGUGCCACUGGCGGAGAAGAUGACGACGCCCGCAUGCUGGGUGCUUUGACGCACACGCGGGAAGGUCGGCGGCGCCGAGACUUCCGCGAGUCGGUGAGCCAGACGCAUCAGGAGGCCUUAGACGACUUCCCGCUGUCGGGCGAGCGCAGUUACCAGUGGCUGUGCGAGGACAUUAUCGAGCAUGGCGGCAGCCCCGACGGCCGCCAGACCAAGUGGAUGAGCGAGAGCGGCUGCACGACAGACUCGGCGGCCGCCCAUCUCCACGACCUCCUGGGGCUCUCCAGUGAGCUCGCGCAGACGUAUGACCGGGUCGACGGCCCGAACCUGGCCUGCAUGGAGGUGGUGGGGCGUACCUGCCAGCUGGCGGGGGAGACGAUGGGCAGCGUGAAGAUAGAGGGGGUCGAGCACUACAUCGGCCGCUCGAAGCAGAGUGCUUGCCGCGGCGUGGCAGUCCCCCCAGGCCUCGCCAAGUGCACGGCCGAGCAGCUCACGAGGGAGACCGAGAUCCAGAAGCAGCGGAGGCCCGCUGCAGCGCCGCCCGCUGCAGACUUUGCGACAUCUGCGGUGCAACCGCUCAGCGAGUGCCUCAACCUGCUUGGGGGCUACACCACGCCGCAGUGCACGCCAGAGCGCCUCUCGGACAUGGACAACCUUCUUCUUCGACGCGUUCGCGGCCUCUACCGUCAGAUGGAGGCGCCCGCUGGCGCGUCGGCCCAGGAAGCCUGCUCAGAGCUUAUGGGCCGCCCGUGUCUACACUGCGACACGUCCAACGACCUACCGCUGAGGUCAUAUGCACCACACCUCGCGGGCUGGCCCAACCUGGGGGUGUUCUCCGUCGCCAAGAAGGACUCCCGUGCCGCCUGGGACCUCGCUCUACUUCGCGGGAGUCGACGUGCAGACAGAACGCCUUCUACCAGCAAGCCCGCCUACCUGCGCCCGCCCUUCUGCCUGCCCGCGGUGGCCGCCGGCGAGUUAGGGGUCAGCAAGCUUGACGGCCGUCGCGUGGCGCCGUGGACGCGGCUGUAUCCUCAGUUGGCCGUGGCGCCCAUGGGUUGGAAUUGGGCGCUCUACUUUGUGCAGCGGGCCCACGAGCGCGCGCUGGACCAGUGCCCUGCCUUGAGGCCUGAGCCGCGCGCCGUGGACUUCGAGCCGCCCCCCUCGCCGCUCUCCGAGCCCGCCCACUCCCUCUGCGUCGACAACGCGCUGGUGGUGGGGACGGACCGCGAGGAGGUCACGCGCGUGAGGCGGCUCGCGCCCCAGACGCUAGAAGCGGCUGGUCUGGCCGUGUACGACGAGUCCGACGCCGCGGAGGCCAUGAUGAUGCUGGGCGGGCAGCUGGAGGGCCGCCCUGCGCGGGCGACCUUGGCGCCACGCCGCUUCUGGAAGCUGCGCCUCGGGAUCGGCUUCUUGUUGCAGCGACGGCCGCGGGUCACCAGUCGCGACGUCGAGCACCUUCUUGGCCACUGCACCUUCGCGGCGCUCUGCAGGCGGGAGAGCAUCAGCUGCUUCAGCGCCAUCUAUUGCUUCGUGCAGCAGGGGUGCCAGCGAGCGCGGCCGCUGUGGGCUAGAGGAGAUCUACACGCCGUCAAGCUGAUCCUGUCCGUCAGGCGUCGGCUGGACAGCGGGGAGCAGGCGCGGGACACCACUCGCCAGCUCUCCAUCACCGAGACGGCCGCUGUAGGGAAGCGGAGCCGCCACCAGUAUCGCAAUCUGCUGGAGCAGUUCUUGCUGGCCAGCAAGCUGCAGACGCUGGGCGUGGCUGCGCCCCUGCUGGGCGCCGCCGGGGUGAGGUUCUUCGACGAGCUCUACCUGGCAGGCAAGGCGGCGUCCACAGGCGAGGCCUUCCGCUUGACAAAAGGCCAGGUGCUGCCGCCACAGGCCAAGAUGCCCAAGGUUACGAUCCACAUCAACCCCGACUACCUGAAGAGGCCGAGCAAGACGGGGGAUAUGGACGAGACGGUCGACAUAGCCAGGCCAUGGCUGGCGUCGCUCAUCGUGAAGCUAAGCCAGGGCCAGCCGACCGACCCCCUCUGGACGUUCAGGAUGCCAGAAGUGAAGAGGGCCUUCGAAGAGGCGGCCAGCUCGUUGGACCCCGACGGGCUCAGGCCAGUGCUGUACAUGGGCCGGCGCAGCGGGGCCUCCAUCGACCGCUUCACGGGGGGGAUCUCGUUGCUGGGGGUCCAGCGGCGCGGGCGCUGGAGGCAGCCCGCCUCGGUUCGCCGCUACGAGAAGCGAGGCCUGAUCCAGGCGGUCUGGUCGCAGAUGACAGCGGCAGCGCGGGCCUAUUGCCUGCGCGCGGAGGUCGAGCUGCCCGUGCAGCUCAACAACGUCUGA